CCUUCUUCCUGCAUCGCAGGCCGUGGACGUCCUGUCCCUCCAUCUGUCAGUGAACGCAUCAAACCAAUGUGAAACGCUGGCAUUUAACUAAAGCUGCCGCCCCCUUUUCCUCACUCUCCGCUGGUUGCAUUUCUUGGAUUGACUGCGACAGCUGCCGAUGUGUUGUUCAUCUUCGUGAAGUUGGGACAAAACCAAAAGGCAUGCCGCUGGCUCGCAGCCUCUCUGUCACGUCCCUGUCAGGACUGGAGGAGUGGGACGAGGAGUUUGAAUUGGAAGAUGCUGUCCUUUUUGAAAUUGCGUGGGAGGUCGCAAACAAAGUUGGAGGCAUCUAUACCGUCAUCCAGACCAAAGCCCGUCUGACCUCAGAGGAAUGGGGGGAGAACUAUUUCCUGGUGGGUCCCUAUGUAGAGAGCAACGUGCGCACACAGGUGGAGUUGAUCGAGCCCACCAACCCCGUGCUGAAGAGAACCAUUGACAAGAUGAACUCCAGUGGGUGUAAGGUCUACUUUGGGCGGUGGCUUAUUGAGGGCAGUCCAUAUGUUGUUCUGAUUGAUGUGGGGUUCACCGCCUGGUCUCUGGACACCUGGAAGAGCGAGUUGUGGGAGUUAUGCGACAUUGGCGUGCCAUGGUUCGACCGCGAGGCCAACGAUGCUGUGCUGUUUGGCUUCCUGACGGCCUGGCUCCUAGGAGAGUACGCAGCCCAGAGCGAGGAGCCUCCACACAUCGUGGCCCAUUUCCAUGAGUGGUUGGCCGGUCUGGGCCUGGUGUUGUGUAGGCACAGACAGCUGCCUGUUGCAACCAUCUUCACCACUCAUGCCACACUGCUGGGUCGAUACCUGUGUGCCGGAAAUGUGGACUUCUAUAACAAACUUGCAGACUUCAAUGUGGAUAAGGAAGCAGGCGAUAGACAGAUCUACCAUCGCUACUGUUUGGAGCGGGCGGCUGCUCACUGUGCCCACGUCUUCACCACUGUGUCACAGAUCACAGCUAUUGAGGCUGAGCAUCUGCUUAAGAGAAAACCAGACAUUGUUACUCCCAAUGGGCUCAACGUGAAGAAGUUCUCAGCCGUGCAUGAGUUUCAAAACCUCCACGCUCAGAGCAAGAAUCGGAUUCAGGAAUUCGUCAGGGGACACUUCUACGGGCACCUUGACUUCAACCUGGACAAGUGUUUGUUCCUCUUUAUUGCCGGAAGGUAUGAGUUCUCCAACAAAGGAGCUGACCUCUUCUUGGAAGCUUUAGCCAGACUCAACUAUCUACUGAGAGUCAAUCACAGCGACGUAACCGUCAUUGCAUUCUUCAUCAUGCCAGCUCGGACAAACAACUUCAACGUUGAGACCUUGAAGGGCCAAGCUGUCAGGAAACAGCUCUGGGAUACUGCUCAGACUGUGAAGGAACGUUUUGGAAAGAAACUUUAUGAGUCACUUUUAGUCGGGCAGCUGCCAGAUGUGUCGAAGAUGUUGGACAAAGAGGACUUCACCAUAAUGAAGCGUGCCAUCUUCGCGACUCAGAGACAAUGCCAGCCUCCAAUCUGCACCCAUAACAUGCUGGAGGACAGCAGCGAUCCAAUCCUCAACUGUGUCCGCCGUAUCGGCCUUUUCAACAGCUCCGCUGACCGCGUCAAGAUUAUCUUCCAUCCAGAGUUCCUUUCGUCCACCUCUCCUCUACUUCCGAUGGAUUAUGAGGAGUUUGUAAGAGGCUGUCACCUUGGUGUCUUUCCCUCUUACUAUGAGCCUUGGGGCUACACUCCAGCUGAGUGCACAGUCAUGGGAAUUCCAUCAAUCUCAACUAACCUGUCAGGAUUUGGCUGCUUCAUGGAGGAACACAUAGCAGACCCCUCAGCUUAUGGUAUUUACAUCCUGGACCGACGAUAUCGGGGGGUCGACGAGUCGUGUAACCAGCUCACGUCCUUCCUGUUUCAGUUCUGCAAGCAGAGCCGGCGCCAGCGGAUCAUCCAGAGGAACCGCACUGAGCGUCUGAGUGAACUCUUGGACUGGAGAUACCUCGGCAGGUAUUAUAUAUCUGCCCGUCAUAUGGCCCUGGCUAAAGCGUUCCCUGACACCUACAUGUAUGAACUUCAUGAGCCCACCUCAACCUCAGGUUUCCGUUACCCCCGACCAGCCUCUGUGCCACCAUCUCCAGCUCUGUCCCGCCACUCCUCCCCUCGCCACAGCGAGGCUGAGGACAACGAUGAGGACGAACGUUACGAUGAGGAUCUGGAGGCAGAGAAGGACCGGGUGAACAUCCGCCAGCCCUACGUCAUGCCAUUGAAAAACAAGUCCACUGCAGCUCUGGGGGCCAAUGGAAACAGCGAAGGUGUCACAAGCGACAAAAACUGAGACACACACACACACACACACAGUAAAUGCUACACCUCACUAUUGAAACUCUAUCUGUGGCAAUUGUUAAAGUAUUCAUGUACUUUAUAAAUGAAUGCAGUUGUGUGAUUGCGAGUGAUAAAUUUAAUAUCAGCUUGUUGUGAAAAACUGC